GGCGCGCGGUGCCCAGUGCAAGAGCAGCGUGCCCGCUGGGAGCGGAAACGCGCCUGCACCGCCCGGGAGCUGCUGGAGACCGAGCGGCGCUACCAAGAACAGCUGGGGCUGGUGGCCACGUAUUUCUUGGGGAUCCUGAAAGCCAAGGGGACCCUGCGACCACCACUGCGCCAGGCCCUAUUUGGGUCCUGGGAGUUCAUCUACGGCGCUAGCCAGGAGCUGCUUCCCUACCUGGAAGGAGGAUACUGGGGUCAAGGGCUGGAGGGCUUCUGCCGCCACCUGGAGCUGUAUACCCAAUUUGCUGCCAACGCAGAGAGGUCCCAGACCACCCUGCUGGAGCAGCUAAAGAAAAACAAAGGUUUCCGGAGGUUCGUGAGGCUUCAGGAAGGCCGUCCUGAGUUUGCGGGCCUUCAGCUCCAGGACCUGCUCCCUUUGCCUCUGCAGCGACUCCAGCAGUAUGAGAAUCUCAUCAUUGCUUUGGCUGAAAAUACAGGUCCCAACAGCCCUGACCACCAACAGCUCACACGAGCUGCCCGACUGAUAAGUGAGACUGCCCAGAGAGUCCAUGCCAUUGGUCAGAAACAGAAGAAUGACCAGCACCUCCGGCGUGUCCAGGCUCUGCUCAGUGGACGCCAGGCAAAGGGGCUUACCUCAGGACGCUGGUUCCUCCGCCAGGGAUGGUUGUUGGUGGUGCCUCCCCAUGGGGAUCCUCGGCCCCGCAUGUUUUUCCUCUUUGCUGAUGUGCUCCUCAUGGCCAAGCCUCGACCUGCGCUGCACCUGCUGCAGAGUGGCACCUUUGCCUGCAAGGCCCUCUACCCCAUGGCCCAGUGUCAACUCCGCAGGGUCUUUGGCCACUCAGGAGGCCCUUGUGGUGGACUGCUCAGCCUGUCCUUCCCUCGUGAGAAGCUACUGCUUAUGUCCACAGACCAGAAGGAGCUGUCACACUGGUACCACAGUCUGACUCAUGCUAUCAGCAGCCAGAAGAACUAGAGGAAUCUCACAAAUUCCAGAACUCAGGAUACCUCAAGGAUAGGUCAGAGCCAGAAGUACAAAAGGAUUUUCUUCAGUACUAAACAAAACACAGAGCCCUUCAUGGUUUGACAGGGGUCAUUUGUGUUUG